AUGGAAGUUGGAGGGUUAGAGAAUUUAACAAACGAUCCAACAUCUCAGCGAAUUGAUUAUUUAAUCGAAUUAUUCGUAAUUGAUGUUAAUUAUGAGUUUAAUCUCGGAGUUCAGAUAGGAAAUCAGAAAAUAAUUGGAGGAACUUUUCAUGAUAAGUUCCAUCUUGUUGACUCUUAUAAUCAUUCUCAUUUUUCGCGAGAACGGUCAACAGUCGUCUCAGUGGAUUUGUCAAGUGGUGUUAAGAGGUCUGGAUAG